GCUCUGGUCCUCCGGCGGAGGAGGUGACGUUCGGCGUCGCGCCGCUCUUGGCGGAACUUGUCAUUGUUGGCGCCUCCGUGGAGCAGGCGGCACGUGGGAUAGUGAUUCCAAACCGUUUGUCUUAAGAGAAACUUCCAGAGAGCGGGCGACAGGAAUCGAGAGGUUUCCGUGCCGGGCCGCUGGUGGUUGAAAUUUGGGAAACCGGCCGAGCGAGGAGAGUCGGUGGAUCAUGGGGCCGAGAAAAAACACAAAGAGAGUUCCAAGUUUUCGCAAGCUGCUGAAAACUAGCAAUGUGAAGCUUGCAAAUAAAUUGAAGAAUAAGCAAUAUAAGCAGCAAAGUGCGGCAAAGAAAUACAAGAAAGAACAGAAACAGCUUCGACAAGCUGCUCGAGAUGUUUCGGCCAAAAUGGGAACACCAUUGGAUCAGCCAAAAAGGAAAAGAUCAGAUGAAGAAGAAGAAGAGGAAAUGGAAGAGGAUGUUCUUCCUUUAGAUAUGCUAGAGAAUGAUGACUUAGAAUAUAUGCAAAGCAUGGGUCAGAGGGCAUUGUUUCUCACCAGGGACCUUCAUUCAAGUGAACCAAUCCAUGUAAAAAAACGGAAGAAUGAAAAUACAGUGGAACAGUAUGAGAAGGUGCCAAGGUAUUUACAUAAUGAACCUGAGAAGGAACUCAUCCACCUAUUGCCUAUCAAAGACAAACGGGGUAUAAUUCCUCAAUCAAUAGAGAGACCAAUUUUAAUGGAAGAAAGAGAAGAAGAGGAGGAAAUGACUGAGGAAAAUCAGCAGCAUGAGGAAGAAAAGAAAAUAUUUGCUGGAAAGGGGCCUCUUCAAAUAUUGACCACUGAGGAGUUGCUACUGCUGAGAAGAAAGACGUUACAAGAGAAAAAGAUCCACAUAGCCACUUUGGCAUCGUCCAUCUUGACUGAACCAGAUAACAAUAUUAAAAAGCUGAAGGAACUGCGUUCAAUGCUAAUGGAAAAGGAUCCAAAUGUUGCAGUAACAGUGCGAAAACUAGUGAUGGUAUCUUUGUUGGAGGUCUUUAAAGACAUCACACCAUGCUACAGGAUACGGUCUCUAACUGAAGCUGAGAAAACUACAAAGGUUAGAAAAGAAACCCAACAUCUGAGGGAAUUUGAAGAAGGAUUAGUAUGUCAGUACAAGUUUUACCUGGAAAAUCUUGAACUGACCAUUAAAGAUUGGAAGCAGAUGAAGAAAAAGAAGAGUGAAGUUGUUUCAUUAAAAGCAUACAAAGGCCUUGCAGAAGUGGCUGUAAAAUGUCUCUGUGAACUGCUAGUGGCUUUGCCACAUUUUAACUUCCAUAACAACAUUGCUGUGAUGAUUGUGCCACUUAUGAAUGAUGCAUCAAGAAAGAUUUCAGAAAUGUGUUGUGGAACUGUGGAAAAGCUUUUUAAGCAAGACAAAAUCGGACGGCCUUCACUUGCUGUGGUCAGAAUAAUUUCUGGGCUUGUUAAAAGCAGAAACUAUGAGGUCAAACCUGAAGUGCUGAAGACAUUUCUUGCCUUGCGGAUUAAGGAAGUGGAAAUUAAAAAAGAUUCAGAAGAGAUCGCCCCUAAAAAACGAUUCAUGACAUGCAAAGAGAAGAGGAAAAAUCUUUCUAGAAUGCAGCGAAAGUGGAAAAAAGCAGAGGAGAAACUAGAGAAGGAACUUCUUGAAACAGAAGCUUCAGAAAGUAAAGACAAAAAACUAAAACUGCACACAGAAACCCUAAACAUUGUGUUUCUGACAUACUUCAGAAUCCUAAAGAAGGCACAGAAAUCUUUACUUCUUCCUGGUGUUCUAGAAGGCCUUGCCAAAUUUGCUCACCUCAUUAAUGUGGAAUUCUUUGAUGACCUUCUGGUAGUUCUGUACUCUCUGAUUGACUCUGGGAGCCUUAAUUAUAGGGAGUGCCUUCACUGUAUUCAGGCUGCCUUUCAUGUACUUUCUGGUCAAGGUGAUGUGCUGAACAUUGAUCCAAUGAAAUUCUACACUCAGCUUUAUAAGAUGUUGUUUGCACUACAUGCUGGAGAUACAAAUGAAGAUGUUUUGAUUAUGCUGCAAUGUAUAGAUGUGAUGCUGACAAAACGCCGAAAGCAAGUUUCUUUACAGCGUGCUGUUGCUUAUAUAAAACGUCUGACUAUUCUUGCACUUAAUGUUCUACCCAAUUCUGCCAUUGGUAUCCUGGCAACUAAUAGAGUGUUAAUGAAUUCAUUUCCUAAGACGGAUAUUUUGCUGGACAGUGAAUCCCAUGGUAGUGGACUUUAUCUCCCAGAGCUUGAUGAACCUGAAUACUGUAAUGCACAGAAUACUGCCGUGUGGGAGUUACAUUACCUCCAGAGACAUUUUCAUCCUGUAGUGCGGAUGUUUGCAGCACAUCUUAGUGUUGGUGCUCCAUCAGAGGGUUCUGGAGCCCUGAGGGCAGAACUAAGCAGAAAGCAUGCUACAGAGCUUUUUGAGGAGUUCAGCAUGAAAGAGAUGACUUUCAAUCCUCCAAUCACAUCUUCUGGAUCAAACAAAAAGAAGACUGCACAGCAGAGUGCAUUCCUCGAUUCAGAUCUACAUCACCAAAUAAACCGGCUCCUAGAGAAUCCCUCCAUCACUGCUGAUCUCAAAUUUGCUGACAAUUUCCAAGCAGAAUCUCACGCAUGAUUGAAAAGUAGAAGAUUGUUGCGUGUUUAUUAUGCAGGAUAGUUUUCAAAUGAAACAAAAAUUCUGAACAGAGCAACUUGUUUAACUGAGUAUUGAAUUACCUGUAUCAGUUCAUUAUUUUUGUGGUUUACUUUACUCAUGGUAUCCAUGGUGAAUAUGUGUGUAUAUAUGUAAACGCUAGUGGAUCACCCAUAGCCUUGCUCAUAAUUAAAGGAAAUAGCACAAAUAACAGGUUGUAAUAUUGUUUUAUAGAGGUCACAGCACGAUCCUGCGUAAAAAAAAAAAAAAAAUUAUCAGGAGCUACCAACUAAUUUUCUUGGGCAAGUUUAAUAACUGUGACAACAUAACUUGAGUUUUUAAUACAAACAGGUAUUUGUAUAAAGAAUCUUGUCUGCUUAAACCCUGAAAAUUUAAAAUGGGGAGGAAGCUUCCAGCUUGUAAUGCUUCAAAAUGUUGAUUUACUACUUUUGAUUAAUAAAUAAUUAAUCAAA